AUGAUUUUCGACUGGAUUCACCGCGCUGUCUCGCCUUUUAUUUAUACGCUCCCCACCCCGAAUCCAUUUCAAUUACAAGCCGAGGACAAAACAAAAUCUAAGCGAAAGAGUCUGAAAUAUGGUGUCGAAUUGGAAUACGUGUUGGCAUUUCAUGAUCUAGAACUCAAUCUUACAGACCGUGAGGGGCAUGGCCCUAACAAUGGAAUCGAGAAAAAUGUUCCAUUAGCCAUUCGUCGCGACCCAGCAUGGAGUCCAGCGGUCAACGUGCCCUUUGGAAGACUUGCCAACAUUAUCUACAAUAGUUGGGCCAUUCGCAAAAAUAACAUCAAAAAUGAGGACGAGAAGAAGGAUAUAUCUAAUCUAAGGCCAUAUAAUCUCGAACCACAAGAAAUUGUCUUUAAUAAACUUAACAACAAGAUUGAUAGGCUUCAAGGUAAUAUCAAGCACAGUGGUUUACGAAAAAAGAAGGAUAAAACUAAAGGGUCCUACGAUCAAUGGAUCAUUUCGACAGAUCUAACGGUUGUCGGCCAAGGUUCCGCAAAUCUCUACAAAUGGAUACCACGUAUCUCUGGCAAAACUUCUAAACGAUGGGAUUCUUAUGGCAUAGAAGUGGUAUCUCGAGUUCUCAAGAGUAACAACCGUAAAGAUACCGCCGAGCUUGAAGAAAUUGUCAAAGCGCUCAAGGGUACCGGAGAUGAACUAUAUGAAGGCUUCAUAACAAAUCAAUGUGCCCUUCAUGUGCAUGUCGAGGCCCCCGACCUUGCUACACUAAAAGAGUUGGCUUGUAUUUUGCUGAUAUACGAAGAGGAGAUCUCAAGGCUACACCCUAGAUGUCGUCGCCCGGGUCAUCCUGUUGCAAGGGGCAACCUCAUUAGCAAUCGCUUGCACACGCUCCUGGGCGCGGAUUAUGUCACAUAUGAGGAAACAAUCCAUGAGAUCUGGGAUCAGCGAGCGGAUACUUCUCUCUAUAGAGAGAAAAGAACAAUUCAACAGAUUCGCGAUGAAGUUGAUCAACUAAGGGAUGAGAAGGAAGUCGCUGGUUACAUGAAUUUCCCUCUGACACACGCAAACAGGCUAGUAAAUUUCCUGUCAUUGAGAUCCUCAUCACGGGCUCAUACCAUUGAGUUCCGACAAGCUCGCGGUUCCCUCAAUGUAAAGGAUGUCACUCAAUGGGUUGAUUUCUGCUUGAGCUUGGUGAAGCUUGCCGAACAUUAUGUUUCCAAUCCAAACGACAGAAUCCAAGAAUGGCCUGAGGAAAAUGAUGAUGCCAUAGAAGAGGUUGAUAUAUUCAGAUUAAUGGAUCUUAUGAAGCUGAAUGAAAGGAGUGUAAACUUUUGGAGAAGCAAAGUUGCUAAGUACAUGGGAUUUAGAGAGGAAGACAACCGAAGUGACAUUGAAAAGCUUCCCGGGGAAAAGAAGAAGAUACUCCCCAAGCCUCCAAAGCCCCCUGGACCACCUAAACCGCCUGGAGGACCACCUAAGCCACCUGGGGGGCCACCUGGGGGACCGCCUGGGGGACCACCUAAGCCGCCUGGAGGAUCGCCACCUAGUGGAAUGCCUCCGCCGCCGCCGGGUGGUCAAACAGGUGUGGUGUCAUAUCCUACCUUACCGGGACUGUCGCCUGUAAAGCCGCCAACCCCCUUGAUAGUACCUCCACUUUUCUCUCCAACACGGAAAAUAAAGAAACUCCCAAAACGAACACCCGCAAAGCCUGAAAGACCGAAAAAAAUCUCGGAAGCUAGAGCGAGAUUGCUAAAAAGAUUGGAAGAGAAAACCGGAAAUAAUCCUUAUUUUGAUGUAGCCGUCGGUGGAGGAUCCAGUAUUCCGCCAGCAGAAAGUGCUAUGGAAUCACUUGCUACAUACUUCAACACGACUAUCAGCGAUCUAGCUACUGCACGUCCAAUAAAUCCUCAACAACAAAAACCUCCAAAACCUCCACCAUUGAAGCCUCCGCCAAAAGUUCACCCAGUAGGCCAGCCAGGGCCAAGUUCACAACCCAGUCAACCAUCACAAAAACCGAAGCCUCCCCCUAAAACUCCGUCAGACGAAACAGACAUAGAUAAUCCAGAUUACGUGCCUGAUGACAAUGAGAAACCUGUAUCCCCCAAACCUUGGAUAGACCCAAAUUAUGAUCCAGAUCACGAUAUUAUACAUGGCGUCGGUACAUAUGCAGAUAUUUCACCACAUAAGCCUCAGCAUACAAAUACAGGUGUCUAUGUACCCAAACAAGAGACACCAACUGCUUUCAAAAUCAAACCGAAAAUCACAGAACCGAAAAUCGAAAAGCCAGUAGAGGAACCGCCGCCACAUGACACCACCGACGAUCACGAAGGUGUGAUCAUAGGAAUUCCUCAACCUUCAAAACCUAGACCCACCGAGGUCAAGAUCCCACCGCCUGAACCCGUAACCAAAAUUCCUCCCAAGGUGGGCGGUCUUAGCUGGUUUAGUAGCCUUACCACUUCAAAUGCUUCAAAUGUAGGACCUAAAGUCACAACUGCCCCUAUACAUAAUUUGACCUACUACCAUGUGCCAACCACACCGGUGAAACCACAAGUCACUGGAACAACCACGGAAGUUAUUUAUCCUUCACUUCCGGAUAUAGACAAAAAGACUCCAGAGAAAAGACCCGCAGAAGAGGCCAUAGAUGAGAGAGAUCAUAAGAGAAUCAAACCCAUUCCUAGGCCUCCGCCUGGACCGAAGAUCUCUCCUCCAUCCAGUGCCUUUAAGCCUACAGGGACACUAACAGUCGAUGGGGUCCUCGAGAUACUCGAGAGUUUCAAAUAUUUGCAAGAUGAACAGCUCCGUAGAGAAGCAAUGGAGCAACUUCACAACACUAAUGACGCGAAUAAAGCAAUUAUAGCAGCGGCCGUCUCUAUCUUUUCAGAUAGCCAUCAAUCGUGGCUUCCAGAUUACGCAAACCCACACACCGAAGAAAGUGAUGCGAUAGAAGCUCAAAAGCAGCAGAUGAUGGCUGAAGACGAGCGCCUUGCAUUGAAGCUAUUAAAGGAAGAAGAGGACAGGCUAGCAGCAGAACGUGGAACAUCAUUGGUCGGUCUCGAGCUCCGAGUUGAUCAUCCUAAGCCCACAAAAAUUGGGCUAGAGGAGCUUGAACGUAUCAACGUUGGCACCAUUCAUGAGAGAUUGAGGAUAAAGAAUUUCUCUAGGAAUGAAUGGGAGAAGCUCUUCACGACAGCUAUAAUUUCUGGCAAGUUUGGUACAUGUGGUGCUGCAGCUGUGGUACUAUCUCUUCAGAACCAGUAUCCCAACGAGCCAUGGACGUGCGGCUUGACCAAUGAGGCUUUUUUGAGGGACUGGGUUGAAACGAUCCCAAGAGCGGAGGACCAGGGAAGGGUAAAUUUUUAUGACGAAGAGCAGCUCAAUAACGCUCUUGUGAGAAUGACAAAUGGAGAACUCCAACUUGCCGUGACUCACCAAGGUCUGGAGAACUACUUUAUGUUCGGGCCCCCGGAAUCUGCUCUCCUCACCAUGCAUGGCGAGCCGGCUAGGUAUUUGUAUGUACAUUUAACUCAUAUGGCAUUUACAAAAGGUACCGGGGGUAGACCAUACCAGCAUUUCGAAGGAAUGAAGAGAAAACCAGGAUACAAAGAGCACAAGUAA